GUAACCAAGCAAUAACAAUAAAAAAACCUGUGAGGGAGAUUCUCACCGUGGACUAGUGUCGUAUUGACGAAACCACGUUAAAAAAUUUGGUGUUCUUUCUUUUCUAGCUUCAAUUUUGACAUGGUAUCAGAGCCUUCUGUGACCGAGAGGUCUUGUGUUCGAUUCCCGGUGACCCCCAUCUGUUAAGCACAUGGUAUUCUUGUCUUCAGACCCGUGCAAACUUCAAGCCCUUGUGAGUGGCUUUCGUUUGAGGGGGCGUGUUAGUGUUCUGGUAUAUGAUCCACGAUUGAACCUCUCCCAACAACUCGAGUUAUUGGGAUCAACUGGUUCUUGACAUGGUAUCAGAGCCUAUGAUCUGAGGCUUGUGGAUUUUCUUCGAUUAAUUGGUUGUUGCGUCAGAUUUUCUUCGGCAGCUAGGGUUUAUUUUUGGUGGUUGCAUCAGGCUUUUCUUCGGCCGCUUGGAAUUGUUUCUGUUCGCUGCGUCGGUCUUCUUCUGCGGCUUGAUUGUGUUUUUGUCUGUUGAGUGCUGUCCCAAUUUGCCUUUCUUCGUCCGCUAGUGCUACUUCUUUUGGGAAGCUUGGUUUUCUACAUCAUUGGGCAGUCUGGUAUUUUUUUCUUGUUUGGUCGGCACUUUGUGGUUUGGGCAGGGUACUAUUCUUCUUUCCCUAGCAUCUAUUUCUCCAGCUGUUGGUAUUCUUCUGCUGUGUUCAACUAUGGAUUCAGGGAAACUAGAAGUUGUUUCAGCAAAGCUCGACGGUAAGAACUUCCCUUUCUGGGAAUUUCAAUUCCGUAGCUUUGUUGCCGGGAAGCGUCUUCUUCUGAUUCUGACCGGGCAGGUACCUCAGCCUGCUGCCAACUCAUCUGACAAGGACAAAGCGGACUGGGAAGCCAGCAAUGCUCAUAUGAUUUCAUUGCUGCUCGGGUCAAUUGACAUGGGUACUGGCUUGAGUCUUUGUCGUUUCUAUUUGGCUAGUGAGAUGUGGAGCCAUAUAUGUUCACUUUACUCUCAGAAUAAUGCUUCACGACAGUUUGAGAUUGAGAGUGAAUUGGCUACCUUCACCCAGGGCGAUCGUGAUAUUCGCUCUUAUUAUCAGGCUCUUGUUACUCGAUGGACUGAGCAGGAUAUGCUGGUCGCCUCCUUCUCGGAUACUCCUGCCACUGCUGCCUCCAUUCGAGAUCGUGAUCGUUCUCGUCUAAUGCAGUUCCUUAUGAAGCUUCGACCAGAAUUUGAAGCUGUCAGGGCCUCUAUUCUUCAUCGUAACGUCUCCUCUAUUGAUGAAGCACUUAGUGAGCUCUUCCGAGAAGAGACUCGGCUCCGCAGUCUCUCCAGGCUCGGGGGCUCCAAUGAUACUGCUUUUGCUAUCGGCCGUGCUGGGGGCUCUCGUCCUCAUUUUCAACAGAGUGGCACAAGCCAUUUGACCUGUCAUUAUUGCCGUGAGGUGGGUCAUAUUCAGCCCCACUGUCGGCAGAAUAACUUUUGUAUUUACUGCAAGCAAUCUCUUCAUAUUGUGCUUGAUUGUAAGGAAGCCGCUCGCCGCAAUAGGGGUGGUUCCUCGUCCCGGUCUCGUGGUUCGGGCAGUUCAGCUGGGUCUCGCGGUGAUGGUCCUGCUGGUGCAAGUUAUGUCGUCACUCCAGCUCCAGUUGGAGCUCCUGCUUUGGUUUCAACUCUCUUGCCUGGACUUACUUCUGCAGAUGUUCGCCGUUUGGUAGCUGAGGCUUUUCAGGAUGCUCUUCCUCUUGCUCUUAAUUCUGCUUUUGCUACUGGCGGUGGCAAAGGAUCAGAUCACGGGGAAAAUUCUGGGCAAGGGUAAGAAGGAUGGCCGCGUUUUUGUUCUUGAAGAUUUUGAUCGAUCCCAGGAAAUGUUGCCGGAGAAGUCGUGCUUAGUGGAGGACAAAGACGUGGGGCAUGCCGAUAGCUUGGGUGCACUUGCCAUCUCGGCUAAGGAUGACGUAGUUUCUGAUGGUAGCUUAGUUGAUGAUAUUUUUCUGUUGAAUAAGGAACACAUGUCUGAUGUUCCCUAUGACUCUCAUGAUUUGUUGGCUUGUUCAGUUAGGCCUUUAGACUCUUUAGAUUUCAGUGUUCGAACAACUGUUUGGGAUUUAUGGCAUCGUCCGCUUGGUCAUCCUCAUAAUGCUCGAUUACUUAGUAUGUUUCGUCGCAAUCUAUUGCCUGAUUCAUUAGCGUCGAAAUUUGGUUCUCCGCCACCCUGAGUUCACUACAUCGAGGCCAAAACUUCUCAGUCCUCUUUUCCCUCUAGUGAUACGUUCUAUGAGUCUCCCUUUGAUCUAGUUCACACAGAUUUAUGGGGUCCAUCACCUGUUAUGUCCCGCCUGGGAUACAUAUAUUUUGCACUGUUCAUCGAUCAUGCAACGCGCUUUGCAUGGAUCUACUUCUUACGUCGCAAAUCCGAGUUAAUUGACCAUGCUAAGGCAUUUGUUUAGUUAAUUCGUACUCAGUUUGGAAACAUGGUAAAGAUAAUCCGCUCAGAUCCCAGAGGAGAAUUUAGUUUGAAUCCGUUGUUGGAGUUUUACCGGUCUCACGGAAUUGUUUCGCAGCAGUCUUGCCCAGGGGUUUCUCAGCAGAAUGGGUUGGUUGAGCGCAAGCACCGUCAUAUUUUGGAGUUGACUCGUGCUCUCCUACUUCAGUCCCAUGUGCCAUGCAAUUUUUGAGUUGGGGCAUCAAUGCAGUGGUUUAUAUCAUCAAUCGGCAGAUUACACCCACAUUGAAUGAUAGGUCUCCUUUUUUCUGCCUGUUCUCUAAACAACCUAACUACUCCUGGUUGCGGGUGUUUGGUUGUGUUUGCUUUGUUCUUUUGCAGAAGAAAGAUCGCCAUAAACUGGAAUCCAAAACUGCCAAGUGUGUUUUCAUGGGAUAUAGUGAUCGUCAUAAGGGAUAUCUAUGUUAUGAUCUUAAGGAACGUCGUAUGCGCAUUUCUUGCCAUGUAGUAUUUCUUGAACAAGUGAUGCACUAAACAGUUGCUGCCGAAGAUCACCUCCCGGCUCUGGAAUUCCUUCUCCCCUUACCCGUGUUUGACUCAGAACCAAGGGUAGCGGUUCAGCUAGCGGACUCCUCUUCGGAUGCAGGAUUAUGUUGGUUUUUCUACUGAACCUAUUGCAGUUCCUAGUCAUUAUCGUUUUGCAGUGGGUAAUCCAGAAUGGGAUGCUGCAAUGGCAGACGAGUGACUCACUUCUACUGUCACUCCAGGAAUUGGCCAAGUGAAACCACUUCCUAAAGCGUAGUAUAGCGGGUUUGGGUUUAAUUAUCAACCCGGGUCCUAGAUUUGAUGACUACUCAGUGAAUUCUUGUUAUCUAGCAAUGAAACUUUAGUGCAAGU